GAUAAGAGCCCUCGGUACAAGUGUGCAGGCAGUUUGGCAGCUGGGGCUGCCGAUUUAAUAGGUGAAUCUACAGGAACAACACUUGAAAAUCCCCUGGCUAGUGAACCAUUAAGCUACCAAAUAUUUGCCAGCCGUCAGCUCGCUGCUCCGCUAUAAAUACUUCAGGCCCAGGUGGAGGGACAGCGAGGGGGAGCGGCGCGGGAGCCUAUGCAUGGCCGGGCAGCAGCACCAAGGGUGAGUCCAGGCCCCGGGCUGCCCCUGCGCCCUGACAUGGCCGCGGGCGUUAUCCGGCCCCUGGCCGGGCUGCGGCUGCCCUCGCCCUUCCCACACGGCCUGCUGCUGCCCGCACGCCCCGAACCCGACUUCCCCGACCUCUCCGAGGAGGAGGAGGAGGAUGACGAAGAGGAGGAGGAAGAGGAGGAUGAAGAGGAGGCAGCAGAGGACAGCACCAGCUGCAGGGGGCUGGAGCUGGCCGGCCCAAACGCCGCUGAGGCCACCCUGAGGCUCCUGCGGUUUUCGGAGCUCAUCAGCGGUGACAUCCAGCGCUACUUCGGACGGCGGGGCCAGGAGGAGCCCGCUGGUGGCCGUGGCACACCCGAGGACUGCAGCUCGCCCCGGUGCACCGCCCGCGAGCCGGGCACCGCCAGCCUGCCCCAGCCUGAGGCAGUGAUGGCCCGGGGGGGCUCUGGGGCCACGCAGAGGCUGGGGCCGCUGGCCGAGCUCUUUGAGUACGGCGUGCACCGGUGUCUGCCACCCCGGGCAGCUGGGGGCAAGACGCAGCGGCUGGAGAGGAAAUACGGCCACAUCACCCCCAUGCACAGGAGGAAGCUGCCGCCUUCCUUCUGGAAGGAGCCGGGCCCCGGCCCCGCCGGCCUCCUCCAUGCCGGCACCCCCGAUUUCAGCGACCUCCUGGCCAACUGGACGGUGGAGCCGGGGCCGGAGCUGCCGGGCGCUGGGCGGGAGCUGCUUCCCGAGGCAGGCCGCCUGGGGCUGGAUGCUGAGCCCUUUGUGGGGCUCUGAGCCCACCAGAGGGGACCCUGGCCCCGCCACGUGCCACCCAGUUAAUGAUCAAACCGCGGCCCCGCUGCCAGCGCUGGGGCAGCUGGAGCUGGGACGAGUGAAUAAAUGACUCCCGCUAGGCA